UUAUGGUCUUAAGAGCAUUGAUAUCAUAAUGGAGAUCCAAAUACAUUCCACGUCACACAAUCUCUAAUUCCUUGAGAGGUAAAUGUUGUUCUUUGUAAACUGUCCUUUUUGUGUUACGCCAUCUCAACAACUUCUCAGAAGGAAACAUUCGGGAAAAUACAAUAUUGAUGACAUAGAUAGAAAAAGUCGUUUCAAGAAAAGUUCACGCUAUGAAACCAUUUUCACAACUCUCUCUUUGGUAUCAUCACAAAGGAAAACUUCAGAGGAAAUUAUGAAAGAAGCAGUUAAGCUCAUGCCUGGAGGUGUCAAUUCUCCUGUUCGUGCUUUUCGAUCUGUCGGAGGAAAUCCGAUUGUCUUUAAAAAAGUAAAAGGUUCAAAGGUGUAUGAUGUGGAUGGUAACGAAUAUAUUGACUAUGUGGGAACUUGGGGGCCAGCUAUAGUUGGCCACGCCAACGAUGAAGUCGUGAAAGCUUUAAAAGAAGCAGUAGAGAAUGGGACCAGUUUUGGAGCUCCUUGUGAACUGGAGAACAUCCUUGCUCGAAUGGUCAUUGAUGCGGUACCUUCAGUAGAAAUGGUUCGAUUUGUCAAUUCAGGAACAGAAGCUUGUAUGUCAGCACUACGAUUGAUGCGUGCUUAUACAGGUAGAGAGAAGAUCAUAAAAUUUGCUGGCUGUUUUCAUGGUCAUGCUGAUCCAUAUUUGGUUCAGGCAGGUUCUGGUGUAGCCACUCUUGGACUUCCAGAUUCACCUGGAGUCCCAAAGUCUACCACAGAGAAUACAUUAACUGCGCCUUAUAAUGACUAUCAAGCCGUUGAGAACUUAUUUCAUACUUAUCCAAAUCAGAUUGCGGGCGUUAUUUUGGAACCCGUCGUUGGAAACUCUGGUUUUAUUCUUCCAGACAAGUCUUUUUUGGAAGGUCUACGUUCUUUAACUAGAAGAGAAGGUGCUCUAUUAUGCUUCGAUGAAGUGAUGACUGGCUUCCGCAUUUCCUAUGGAGGAGCUCAGAAGUAUUUCAAUAUCCAACCUGAUCUUACUACCUUUGGGAAAAUAAUUGGUGGUGGUUUACCUGUGGGUGCAUAUGGAGGAAGAAAAGAUAUUAUGGAGAUGAUUGCUCCUUCUGGACCAGUUUAUCAGUCUGGUACUCUUUCAGGAAAUCCGUUAGCUAUGACUGCUGGAAUCAAAACAUUAGAGAUAUUGAAAAGACCUGGCACUUAUGAAUAUUUGGAGCAAAUAACAAGCAAGUUGGUAAAUUCUAUGGUAGCCAUUGCACAAGAUGCUGGACAUGCGUUUACUGGAGGACAUUUGUCUGCUAUGUUUGGAUUUUUCUUUACUUCAGGAACUGUGAAAAACUUUGAAGAUGCCAAAAGGUCCGACCUUGCAAAGUUUCAACGUUUUCAUCGGUCCAUGCUGGAACAAGGCAUCUAUCUCGCUCCAUCUCAGUUUGAGGCAGGGUUUAUCAGUUUGCAGCAUUCAGAAAGAGAUAUCGAAGAAACUUUACAAGCUUUUACAAGAGUUAUGAAGGAGAUAUGAUCAAGAAAAGAACAUUGUGCCUA